GUUUUGGCAUGUAGUUUGGAAUAGAAAGCUAACUUCCAGGCGGUUCUCUGCACGGGUGAAAUUGGAGUCAGGUUACGGCUCUGCUGCAGAAUGUGCUUUUGUUACGGAAAAACCGCUAUGCUCUGAAGUUUUCAUGAGGGUCACGAUGUGGCUGGAGUAUAAACUGAAAAGAAAUGCCUAAGUAAUUGAUGGUGGAUUUCAGUGAAUGAGCUUAAGAAAAUGCAACAUGGGUUUCAACAUCAAUGGCAAACCAUUGCCAUGGCAAUGGGUAGCUUUGCCAGAAACAAACAAACAAACAACAGCCUUCUUCUCUUUCAGCAAAAAGUUAGAGAAUUUGCUGUUCUCACCUCACUGAAGCUUGUGCUUUUGUGCCACAGACCAUCUCAGAGGGGCAAAGAUGGGGUGCCCUGCUCAGACAAGUACCACAAAUCCAGAGUCCUUCUCAGUAGUACACUUAUAAUAUUUCCAGAGCAAGAAGUAACCUUUGUACCCAUGGGAAGGUAUCAACUUUCGCUUUAUAAUGAUUUCAGUGUUCUAGUUACUGUAAUUCUGUACCAUUUUCUAAUGGAAGGUGGAAGGGCUCAGUACUAAAGAAGCUUUGUGUCACUAGUUGAAGUCAAUCCUGCUUCAGGAGGUACUUGCUGAUAUAGAAGAUUUUCUUAUAAGCAAAGACCUUGGUCCACACUUGAAUUAAUAAAGAGCUUAUAAAAAAACAAACCAGAGAGAGAGAAAGUGUGAGCUGUGCAAGCUGCCCUUUCUUCUGCAGGCGCGGGCACAUGGAGGGGAGAGCACUAAUGCACAAGUGCAGGAGCCAUCUCCUAGCAGGAGACUUUGGAAGUGGCCCUCUGAAAGCUUUCUGCACAUUUUUGAGGAUCCCAGGUCCCUCUGAGGAUGCAGGCCCUUUGUCUGCUGCUAUUGUCCUUGGUUGCCACCUCACACCCAUAGGACCUGAAAUUCCUGCUGGGCAUCUAUGUCUGGCCGGUUGGAUUUUCCCCAUCUUACAGCACCUCGCAGGUCUCUUCUCUCAGCAGUACGUUGCCUGAGUGAGUGGAAACACACAGAUCAGCUGCAGGUUUCUGUCUACAGAAACAGAGUGAAAGAGAAAGAAAAGGGUUGGGAAAGCAGAGACAAAUAUUGACCUGGACUUAUAGAAAGACAUCCAAUGGCUGAAUAAAGAACCCCUGUUCAUGUUUUGGGAUAUUCUUUCAACUGGCUGGAACGAGAGCGGAUCAAAAGAAUGGGAAAUGCCAGCAGACCCUUUAGAAGAAUUGCUUAUUUCUUAUGCCUUUUAUCUGUGCUUUUGCUGACUGAAGGGAAGAAACCAGUGAAGCCAAAAUGUCCUGCCUGGUGUACUUGUACCAAAGAUAAUGCUUUAUGUGAAAAUGCCAGAUCUAUUCCUCGCAGCGUUCCGCCUGAUGUUAUCUCACUAUCCUUUGUGAGAUCUGCUUUUACUAAAAUCCCAGAAGGGAGUUUUUUGCUCACACCAUCUCUGCAGCUUCUGUUGUUUACCUCCAACACUUUUGAUGUUAUUAGUGAUGAUGCUUUCAUGGGCCUUCCUCAUCUAGAAUAUUUGUUCAUAGAGAACAACAGCAUUAAGUCAAUUUCAAGAAAUACUUUCAGAGGACUGAAAUCUUUAAUUCACCUGAGUCUCGCAAAUAAUAAUCUCCAAUCGCUUCCAAAAGACAUAUUCAAAGGCUUGGAUUCUUUAACAAAUGUAGAUCUUAGAGGCAAUGCAUUUAAUUGUGACUGCAAACUGAAGUGGUUAGUGGAGUGGCUGGGCAGCACCAAUGCAACUGUUGAAGACAUUUACUGUGAAAGCCCACCAGAAUAUAAGAAGCGCAAAAUCAAUAGCCUCUCACCGAAAGAAUUUGAUUGUAUUAUUACAGAAUUUGAAGUUUAUCAGUCCCUGCCAUACCAAUCUCUGUCAGUAGAUACCUUCUCAUACAUGAAUGAUGAACAUGUGGUUAUUGCUCAGCCCUUCACCGGAAAAUGCAUCUUUCUCGAAUGGGACCACGUAGAAGUGAUGUUCAGGAAUUAUGACAACAUAACAGGUACUUCAACUGUUGUGUGUAAACCCAUAGUUAUUGAGAGUCAGCUAUAUGUCAUUGUCGCACAGCUGUUUGGAGGCUCCCACAUAUAUAAAAGAGAUAUUUUUGCUAAUAAGUUUAUAAAAAUUCAAGAUAUUGAAAUCCUUAAAAUACGAAAACCCAAUGACAUUGAAACUUUCAGGAUUGCUGAAGACUGGUAUUUUGUUGUUGCAGACAGUUCAAAAGCUGGUUUCACCACUGUUUACAAAUGGAAUGGGAAUGGAUUUUAUUCCCAUCAGUCUCUGCACGCCUGGUACAGAGAUACUGAUGUGGAGUAUCUUGAAAUAUCCGGCAAACCACAUUUAAUUCUGUCAAGUAGUUCCCAAAGACCUGUAAUAUAUCAGUGGAACAAAGGAACAAAUGAAUUUGUUAAGCGUUUUGAUAUCCAAGAUAUGGAAGAUGCAUAUGCAGUGAAACAUUUCAAGGUGAAAGAGGAUGUAUACAUUUGUUUAACAAGAUUUAUUGGGGACUCUAAAGUAAUGAAGUGGGGUGGUUCAGCAUUUCUGGAUUUACAAAGGAUGCCAUCCCGAGGGUCAAUGGUAUUCCAACCGCUUCAGAUAAGUAAUUAUCAAUAUGCCAUUCUUGGAAGUGAUUAUUCUUUCACUCAAGUCUAUUAUUGGGAUGCUGAGAAAGCAAAAUUUGUGAAGUUUCAAGAAUUAAACAUACAGGCACCAAGAUCUUUCAUACAUGUCUCCAUCGAUAAACGAGAUUUUCUCUUUGCUUCAAGUUUUAAGGGAACUACAUUGAUUUAUAAACAUGUCAUAGUUGACUUAAGCGCAUGACACUCAUAAUUCUGAGAUUACAUCAGACUUUCAACCAUAAGUGGACAAAAUGAACUAAAUGCAUGAUGACUCUCUUAUCUUACUUCCAAAUGAAUGCCUU